AUGGACAUGAGCCACACUUCAUCAAUCAUCCGGCAUAGUCCCGAGUGGACGUCCGAGCAUGAGCGCAAAGAGAACAAGCUGGCAGGAUCAGGAGCUAUCUUGUUCGCCAUCUUGGUUCUGGUGAGCGUCCUCGCUCAGCAGGCCACGGCCGAACCAACGUGCCGUCCGACUGGUAAAUAUCUGACGGCUAACCCGAGAGAUUGUCGCUCGUACUACUACUGCUUCGAGGGCAAACCGUACUACGGCGUCUGUGGGGCAGGCCAUCAGUUCGACGAGAGUCGUCAGUCCUGCCUGCAGUCGACGGUGAGCGAGUGCUUCUCGUGCCCAUCGUCCGGCAUUUACAACCUGCCGCAUCCGACGUCCUGCCAGAAGUUCGUUAUGUGCUUCCAGGGUGUGGCCAACGAGCGCGUAUGUCCGACAGGAUUGCUGUUCAACGAAAAACUGCGCCAGUGUGAUCUGAGCGGCAAUGUGGUCUGCUGAUAAAUCCUGAUAAAUCCUGAUAAAAAAAACCCCCGAUAUGAAACACCGACAGUAUCAGUUCCAUCUAGUGUGACAAUGGCGGAUAUCUAACAAGGGCCCCCGGGCAGAAGAAACGAUCAAGCGUUGCAUACAACAAAAACAAAAUAUCAAAUCAGUGGCAAACAUCAAAUGUGACAU